AGAGAUGAGCAACUGAUCUCUCCCCAUAACUGAUCCUACUUCUGUCACAAUAUGAGCGCCCCAACAUCCGGAAGUCCAAGCACAGAGGUGAAAAUGGGAUCCCAGGAGAUGGCGAUGCUUAGCAACCUUCUGGCUGCUUACACAUUCAUUGCAGACCAACCUGAGAGAACAGCGCUGGUGUUCCUCGGCGGUGUGUGUGUUGGUCUCCUGGUCACCCUGUGUGCCAUCGUCUUCCAGAUACACUGUAGAGCAGACUGCCACUAUGGCAACAGCAACGACCUUCAAAACCGCCAAAGGGUCAAACAUCAACGUCGCCAGUACAUCUGCGCCCUCCCUCAGCGCAGUGAUGGUAACCGAGACAAUGCUGCUGCUGUAGUUGUAGCCUCGGGGGCGACUGGGCAAACUCGGGACUGUGAUCAAGAGGACUGGGAUGAAACGUCUGACCUGUCGGCACGGCGACGCAGGCGCUUUGAGAGAGCUCUGCUAAACGCCACCAUGUUCACGUCUUCAGAGGAACUGGACCGGGUGCAACGACUGGAGGAGAGAGAACGAGUUCUCCGAGAGAUCUGGAUGAACGGACAACCUGAUAUCAGCACAGUGACUCAAAGCCUCAACAGAUAUUAUUGAUGAAAAACUAGCAAGACAGAAAUAUGCAAGUAGACAGACACUGAACAUUAAACUAUUUCCUCUGAGCUUCUAAACCAGGGCAACAUAGCGGACAAGAAGAAGAUAAAAGUGGACGGUUUACCAACAAAAUACUGUUUGUGGCUUAUAUUCAAUAGAUUCUGGGAUAUGUGACUGCUGCCAUUAAUAGCUGAAGUAUUUUCUCUAUUUUCUGUCUCUGCCCAAAACUUUUGAGCAGCAUAGGAAAAGAAGGGAAUAACAACCGCAAGUGCACAGUUUGAUUUUGUAUUCUGAUAUUGGAGCACUUUUCUCAGCCGACCCAUACAGUUUGUGAAUCUGCAAUAAUCAAAGGGUUUAAGUUGGAUACUUUUAUAUCAGGGGGAUCAUGGUCCUCCAAGAUGACCAUGGAAACUUGGUGAAAACAUACUGGUGCUUUUACUACUGUAUUUAAAGUUAAUCUAACUACACACUGACUGACAUUGUAAAUGUGAAGUACUGACAGUAGCCAGGCCUACUGGGAAGCAACAUGUUGCAUUGUGACAAUCCGUAUUCUGAGAUAUUACAAAGAAUGGCUAACUUUAAUUUUAAUAAUUUAAUGUUGUUUUCACAUAUUGAUUAAACAGAUUUAUUUGAGCCAUUGAA